AAAUUAAUCACGAACGAAACGAAGAAAGACACGACACGAACGAACGGACGGUCCAGGCGGCGCGGAACAGUGUCGAAAAAAAGGAAUUAUUCUCAUCGCCCCCAAAAACCGGGGAAAGCCCUUUCCAAUCCGUGUGUGUGUGGAGCAUCGCAUUUCACAUGCAUCGUGCGUUCGGUGUGCAGUACGUGCUUAUAUAAUACAAUCUUGACGAGCGAAUCUCCGUCCCUAAGCGCAUCCAGAACGUCGCCGUUGUCCGUCGUCUAGUGCUGCUGCUGCUGCUACCACCAGUACAGCCUGUUCUUAGUGGGGCGAGGUGGUGCUGCACAGUCCACAAUAUUUUUCUCGCUGGUGCAUUCCGAUUAAGGCAAAAGUGAAAAAUUACUCGACACGCUCGUUGCUGGUGCGUUCGAGAGCUGCAGCAAUAAAGUGGUCGAUCGUGGAAGGUGCAGCUGCGGCGAACAGAAGUAGCAGGAAACCGCAGACCUCUCCCGCUCCAUCCAUCCCCCUUUCUCUUUCUCCUGCUGAAGUGCGGAAGAACGGAAGCCGCAUCAAACACACUUCAUUUGGCCGGAAGUGGUAUUCCGGGUGCUUUUGUCACCACCGUUAAUUGAAAGCAAAAUCGCUGUAAAGCCCUUGCAGUGUUCCGGACGGACAGCUUUCACGAAGCAAGAUUGAUGCGGGUACUUGUUUGUGUGCGUGCAUUGCGUUAGUGUGCGUGCGUGUGUGUGUGUGUGUGCAAGCGUGUAUGUUUGUUGUGCUUGCAGUUCCAGCAGCAGCAUAGAGUGAACCUUUUCACGACGGGCCAAAUCUUAAUCGAUUGUAGCGACUGUUCUGGCUGUUAACUAAGUUACGUUUACUGCCCAUAUCCCAAGUCAAGUGAUAAGAAACGGAAGUGGAACGAAGCGGUGGGUAGCAGUGUGCGAACUGUUGGUGCGCGAUUAGGGAGGCCGAACAGACAGGCGAACGGAAUUUAUCGCAAAAAGAAAAGAAAACACCCAGAGCAACACACUCACUCGCGCCACUGAUCACAUUUCGCGGGCGCAGGAAAACCUUCCCAUUUAGCAAAUCAUGAAUUUCCUCCGUUUCGGCCAGUCGGCCGACAUCGACAUUUUGUUCGACGGGUCAGAAAACCGCCAGCAGGCCGAAAUCAAAACAGAGGACGGCAAGAAGGACAAGUACCUGCUGUACUACGACGGCGAAACGGUGGGCGGAAAGGUGAACAUAACGUUGAAAAAGCCGGGCAGCAAGCUGGAACACCAGGGUAUCAAAAUCGAGCUUAUCGGUCAAAUUGAAUUGUAUUACGAUCGCGGCAAUCAUCACGAUUUCCUGAGCCUCGUCCGAGAACUGGCCCGGCCGGGCGAUCUCAUCCAGAACACGUCAUAUCCGUUCGAGUUUGCGAACGUCGAGAAACCGUACGAGGUGUACGUCGGGUCGAAUGUGCGAUUACGAUAUUUCCUGCGGGUUACAAUUGUUCGUCGCCUGAGUGACAUCGUGCGGGAGGUGGACAUUGCCGUGCACACGCUCUCGAGCUACCCGGACACGAACAGUCCGAUCAAGAUGGAGGUCGGCAUCGAGGACUGCUUGCACAUCGAGUUUGAGUACAACAAGAGCAAGUACCACUUAAAGGAUGUGAUUGUGGGCAAAAUUUAUUUCCUGUUGGUGCGCAUCAAGAUAAAACACAUGGAAAUAGCCAUCAUCAAGCGGGAACAGACCGGUUCGGGACCCAACAUGUACACCGAGAACGAAAUAAUCGCCAAGUACGAAAUCAUGGACGGUUCGCCGGUGAAGGGUGAAAGCAUACCGAUACGCGUGUUUCUCGCGGGUUACGAUCUCACCGUAACGAUGCGCGAGAUUAACAAGAAGUUCUCGGUGCGCUACUUCCUGAAUCUGGUGCUAAUUGACACCGAAGAUCGGCGGUACUUCAAACAGCAAGAAAUCACACUUUGGCGCAAGGCGGAGAAGACGCGCAAAUCGUUAACGCCGUCGCAGGCGGCAGCCAUUGCGGCGGCGCAGGGUGGUGCCGCCGGGGCAGGAUUGAUGCCGGGCCAGUUGGCCGCGGUGACCGGUUCGAGCAAUAAUCCGCACAUACCUCAUCAUCUCGUUGGGCAGGGUACGACGAGUUCGCUCAGCACGAAGGAGCUACCAUCGAGUAUGGCCGCUGGUGGGUCGGCCGGUUUGCUUGGGGAUGGUAGUGCCGAUGAGGACAGUACCGGCCUGAAGCGAUCGGACGAUUCCAAUCCAAUUAUGGGACUGUUUACGGAAGACAACUCGCAGGCUGAUCUACGACCUAAGCCGGCGGUGCGACAACGCAGCGACGAUGCAUCCGGUGCACUGCAAGAUAACAGUUCCCGAUCGGUCAAUAGCAAUUUGAAGCCCGGCGAGAUGCCUCUGCAUGUCGAACCGGAUGAAGAUUCGCUACCAAGCCAGCAGCAGCAGCAGCAGCAGCAACAGCAACCACAACAACAACAGCCCCAGCCAGGGCUGCAGCAACAGCAUCUGCAUCGUGAGGCCGGUGAUGGGGCCGCCUCGAUAUCGCAAACGACUGACGAAGAAACAUCCUCCCUGUUUGAUGCGAACGAUCUAAGCUUCAAUGCGGCCAGCAGCAGCAACCCGUCGGCCAACGUAGCUGCCGCCCCAUCAACGAUCGUUAGCGAUCCGACAUCCUCGCCUACGGUUAGUAGCACGAUAACGAAACCGCUGCUCUCGGAGGAACCGCCGGCUGACGAGGAAACGAUGCCCGCUGGGAACAAUAACAGCAGCAGCAGCAGGGUCGUCGAACCGGAGGACGCAGCGAAUGCUGCUCUGUCGCCGGAAGUGUCGAGCACGGAAGUGAAUAAUGCAAGCAGCACCACUACCACGAGCCCAUCGCCGGCAGCGGUGACGAGCUCAGCCUCAUCGCCACCACCAUUGGCGGCAAAACCGGCCAAACCUCGGAAGCCUGUGCUCGAAUAAGGCGAAAUCAUUCUACUGCGAACCGAAGCUGUUGCGUGUUCCUGCCGGUCUCUCGAGCUCUCCUCCCUUGGCGUUGUUUUGCUUUGAAAAGGGUGGGCGUGAAAUAAUGCAGCAAACGGUGGAGCCAUUUUAAAAAGGGGGAGGCAAAAUCAGGAUAUAGGAACGAAGAAAAGUGGUACGUACUAAUGUGAGCUAGAAUAUAUAUUAUAAACAAUUUCUUAUCUUUUUUUGUUAUAGCAAACAAAUGAUUGAUUCCUAAAGAACUUUAGAUACUAGCAUCAUCACGCGUCAGAUUUGCAUUACAUCCGAUAUACUGCUGAGUGCAAGAAAACAGAAAGGCCCACACCAAUAGCAAGCAAAGCGGAAGAAUGUUGAUCUUCUUUUAAACAAACAUUGUCGUAAUGCGGAAUAUUGUAACGCUAGCAGGAGAAAGACACGUAAACCGAGAGCUCGGUAGUAUAGGGAAAGCUAAUGGCAAUAGGAAAGCAAGUGGCACGGUGGGAUAGCAGUGAAAAGUCCACCCGAGGUGGUUUUGAUAGGAAUUUCGAAUCGAUCAUUAGAGCGUAUCGUGCUCCCGUACCCGUACGAUUGUUGAUGCGUACCUUCGGUUCCCUCACAAUACAAUUCACCAAAUUUAUCAAAUGCGACUGGGCAGAAUAUUUUCUUUAUUUAGUCAAUUUUGGGCUGUUUCGGGGGAAAAAUAGAAUUUGCGGAAAAAAUUGUAGCGCGUGCAGCAGUUAUCAUUGUGCAUGGGGGAGUAAGCACCGGUGAAGAAAAAAAUGCGUUGAUAAUUUACUGUGUAAGCUUUGCUAAUCUAGGUUUUUAAGCUCGCCACAAUCGUGUGGCUGUUUCUGUUGUAUCUGUUUUCGGCAUUGUUUUCUUUCCAUUUUGGGUAAGGUGAAAGUGUAUCGCCCCCGUUUCGUCGUACUCGAAACACUUGUAAUGGACUGUUGAACAAAAAGAAACACAAUUGUUACUACAUUUAAGCAAACGCGAGCAAGGAUAGAGAACUGUUUACUUGGCGAGCAGAGGAAGAUCACAACCAUUGCACCAUAUGCGAGCAAUUUGAUGCGAUCAUUGUGUGGAAGGCAUUGCCCAAGGAGGAACACAAUGAUACAAGCACUACUUCACACACGUAGGUUAUACGUGGUCCGAACAUAAUGGAGGAUAGGAAACUGAUUUGACAACAAUUUGCAGCAGUAUAGUGGGGAGAAAAGAGAGAGAGAGAUGGAUUGAAGAAAGGAAGCUAGCAAUGUGCGAGGAAGGAAGGAGAGCAACAGAAAAAAAACAGAACUAUGAAAAGUAUAUAUAUAUUGAAAAUAAACAUACUAAGUAUAUGAGAUCACAAAA